GUAAUAAUGUGAAGGGAAACUGCACACAAGCCCCACACUUCCAUGAUUAAUGUUUAACUCCCGGGAGUGCCCCAGGCAACUCAGUAAGAACAUCUCAAGUCCCUGGCAUGGCAACAUAAACUCCAGCCUAUCACCCAGCGAGCAGCACGAGUCUUCAGCCUGAGGAACGGCAGCCUCCUGGCAGUGAUGGGUGCCUGCCUUCGCCCCUUGGAGGGUCCAGAUGUCGCAAGCCAGCCUCCCAGUGAUCCCCUCUUUUUCCACCCUUACCUCAAAGGCUCCCAGGUCAUCAUGGAUGAGUCCCACUGCAUAGCGAGCAGAGCAGCCACAUUCUGCAACGGCCUUGUCUUCUCCAGCCGGCCAAUUGAACUUUAUGAGAAGGUGACUUUGAAAAUCUUAAAGGAAGAGAGCAGGUGGUGUGGAGGCCUAAGGGUGGGCUUCACGUGGGAGGAUCCGUCCCUCGUUGAGCCCAGUGUGCUGCCUCCGUAUUCUUGCCCAGACCUGGUAAAGCAAGGGAAGUGUCGUGCUGCCGUCUUACCAGAAGAAUAUGAAGCAGAAGGCACCAUUGUCAGCUUCUGGGUGGACAACCAAGGUUCUGUUUUCUGCAGCACCAAUGAGAAGUCAGAAGGUUUCCUGGUGGUAGAUGGCGUCUUGGUCACAAGGCCUCUCUGGGCUGUUGUGGACAUCUAUGGAAGGACCAAGGCAGUCCAGCUUUUGGGUCCCUCCAGCCUACCAACAAAUGCUGAUGGGCUCAGCCUUCUUCAACAGAGUGAGUCCACCUGUGGGGAUUUCCAUGCCUUUCCUGAGGAAUGCGCUGUAUGCUUCGGGCAAAAAGCCAACACGAUGAUGCUUCCUUGCUGUCAUGCCAACUUCUGCUCCCACUGCUCCCUGAAAAUUUUCCAUACCACCAGUCGCUGCCCAUUGUGCCGGCAGGAAGUGAAGAAAAUUAUUCCCAUCUCUGUUUUGGCAGAAGGACAGAGCCCAGAGGUCUGGCCGGAAUAAGCAAAGAAUAGCCAGCCCCUGUGGUGACAAAAGUAUGCACUAUCAAAGCUCCUGAAAUAUUUCAAAUCUUGAUGGGAACCCGCUGAGGUGGAGAAGACAAAGGCUGACUUUAAAGAGAGAUGCACAACAAAGAGAUCACUGUGGCAGAAAAGAUGGGCUGCUGAGAUCUUUCUCGCUCUCUCCGUGGCCUGAGAGGGAGGUGUAUAAAAAGGACUCUCCGUAAUAAGACACUUUUGCCUUUAAAAAGCAGAGAACCAUGGUGCUAGAUUUAGAACAGUGACAUCUAAAUUCAACAGUAGUGGGUUCUGGCUUGAGGGAUCAAGCAGAUGUUGAAAAUAUCCAAGGGGGGAGUGGAGACUGUGCUGGGAGCAAAGUGAAGAAUACCCUUUAUUAACCACCCAUUUCAGCAGUAAUUUUCUCUCCCAAGCAGUAUCAGUGUUACAGUUUAACCAAAGCCAUUGUAAACUGCUUUUCAUGCACGCCUUAAUCUUAUCUCACAGCCAUGCAAAAAGUGUUUGUAUUUUCGGCUGUUAGAUAGGAACAAGCAGGUGGCAGGUAAACCAAGGCAGGUGCAAAGUUUAUGUCCAUUGAGAGAGAGAGACUCUCCAAGCAGGGCAAAAUGGAUGGAGUCUUCAAGGAGCAAGAGAAACACAACUCUACCAUGAACUGAACAAAUGAUAGGAGUCAAAAGUGUUGGGAAGCUGGUUAGGAGAUUCCAAAAGGGGCAGGGUCAUGGGCAGUAGGAGGAGCAUAGAGCUGCCUUCUGCCCUCCAGCUGUUUUGCAGUGCCCAUCAAGCCAAGGGGUGGCUGGGGCUGGUGAGGGCUGUAGAGUUGUCUGGAGGGCACCAGGUUGGAGAAGCCUUGCAGAAUCCACUAUAUCAGCAGAGGAACAGGAAGCCCUGAAUUCCCUAGGAGGCCUGAGAAGCCUGCUGUCUUUCCUGCUGUUUCGUGGAAUGGGAAAUUCCCUUUCCAGGAAGAGGCCCAAGACCUCAUCAUUCAAGUAGGAAACACAGCAGUGAUUCUGUUGUGCUUUAUUCAUUUGAGAUCAGUCUACCCGUUUUGCCCCAGGAGAGACCAUGAAAAUAGCAAGGUUAAUUCACCUUGUUGAGAGGAAAGGGGGUGGGGGCAGGGAUGAGAGAACCACAUGGACAAUGGCGGUGGCUACAGGUUUCCAGGUUUUUUCUGGCCCUGCUCUUGUGCCUUUAACAAGUUUGAAAUGCAGAAAACCAGCAGAUUAAGCUUUUUCUUAUUGAUAAAAGAAAUGUUGGGCCAAGCGUCAUUUGCUAUAUUUCUGUCAGCCUACUUUUAUAGACAGGUAUAGAACAAAGUCACCUCGCCACCUUUUGUUUCUUGUUGUUUUAAGCCCUGCGUUCAGUGACAAGCCUAGGUGCCAUCUUUUUAAACUAUUAGUUUUGUUAUCCAACUCUGUCCUUGAGACAAUACAUUAGGCCAACCAAAAGGUCACUAAAUCCUGAAAACCCAGAAGCUUGCACACAAACUCUUCAUCAGGCUAGAUGUGAGUGGUGGAGGGGAGAGUCCCGAGAGGGUGAAGAGAGAAAACUUUGUUGGCCAACGGUGAGGCUGUGAAGCCUGCAAAGCAGGGAAAGGUAACACGUUCCAGUGAGGCAGUUUGAGUGAUCAGGCAGGUAUCAGACAAUAACUAACAAUGCUUGAUUACCUAUCUGAAAAUACAAGAACUGCUUCACAUCCAGGGCUAUCUGCAUCUGUUAGCUGCUAUUAUUCCGCAGGUACUACUGGUUUUCAUCAUUCCACUUUAUGUAUUUUUUAAAUAUAUUUUUCUA